GUUUUUGCUGGUCUCAUCCUUGUUUGAAUUCGUAAUUUUCCUCCAAAAUUUUUAACUUACCGUUGUUAGUCUUGAAAUACGCGGAAGAAUGGAAACGGGAACUGCUGAUACCGCGGUGUAUGGUGUCAAAUUUCUAUUUUGGAAAACUCUUGGAAUUAAUGUGCCGUUAUGUCUGUAUUCCAUCACGUGCUUUAUGUUUCACCCGAUUUUCCAAUCACUGGUCUAUCAGAAGGCAUGUUUGCAAUAUGGUGAUAGCAUAGGUAUCAGUGUGAACUGUUCACACCCGAGUAUUUCAUCCAAUACAGAAUUGCAGGCGAUAGCCAAUUGGAUACUCUUGUUGAGCAGUGUUGCGAUUUGUUCGCUUGGAUUUUUCACAUCUGCAAUGAUUGGACGGUUAGGUGAUACGAAAUCUCGUAAAGCAGCUUUGGUAAUACCAUUCAGUGGACUUGUACUUGAAGGUGUCUCAUUGGUAGUGCAGUCGUUUUAUAUGGAGCUUUCAGUAUAUUGGUUAAUCGCAAGUGAAGUGCUUUUCGCAGCUUUUGGUGGCUAUAUGUCCAUUUUUUCGUCAUUUUUUGCUUAUGCCACCGAUUCUAUCUGUUAUUAUCCGCCAAAGUGUCGAUCACUAGUUAUCGCAGUUUUGGAAGGUGUUAUUGGGUUUGGAGGAACAAUCGGUUAUUUAUGCUCAUUUUUGCUGAAACUUUGGGGAUUCAGUGGUUUGUUCAUAGCAUUGCUGGUAGUAUAUAUCAUUUGUUUGGUGGCAAUAUUUUUCCUUCCAUCCGUAAACAACAAUAGCAUAGAAACAGAAUACAAGGAUGAUUUAUUUGGAUUCAAUUUAUUCAAAUUUUUGUGGCAGCAGGAAAGAAUCGGCAUCUUUAUAGCCCUGAUUGCAGCAUUCGCUGUUUCCUUUUUUACAUUUAUAGGUUCAACUCACAUUUCAUUCUACUACCUGAAAUUUCGGUUUGGUUGGGAUGCUGGAUUGUACGGAUUCCUUAAAGGACCUACGCAAGGACUCGCAAUGUUAAAUGUACUAUUUGUUUAUCCAUUAUUACGAACAUAUAAUUUCACCGAUCGAACGCUUUCUCUUAUUGGAGUGAUUUCAAGAGCGUUGGGUAGACUGUGGCUUGCCGUUACGUGGAGUACACCAUCUACCUUUUUAUUGGUGUUUUUCGAUUCAUUUUCACGUUUUGCCGCUUCUGGCAUGAGGGCGAUCUCGGCUAACAUGAUACCGACUAGAAAUCAUGGUUCCAUGUUUACGUUGUUUGCUGUAACGGAAGCAUUCAGUAACUUGAUAGCUGCCAUAAUAUUCCAUACGCUUUUCCCGCUGUCUCUCAAUUUCUUACCGCAAUUACCAUUUUACAUUCUUGCUGUUGCAAUGUUAAUCCCAACAGUUAUACUUUAG